AUGGAUUUAGGUGAUAUUCCACUGCUUUUUGAUCGUGUUUUUGGAGUGAAAAUUAGAGAACCUCACUUGUACUUUUUCAAAGCUGGUACUCCAAUUCAGUAUCAUGCAAUUGCAACUGGUGACAAUAUUGAAUAUCUCAGAAAUCCUCUAAACGGUAGCAAGUACAGUAAUGAGGAUUCAACUUUUGGACACCAGGAUCAAAAUCAAGAUAAUGAUUCUGGAGGUAAUGGAUCUGAUAAUAAUAGUAGUGGAACAACAAAUCAGCAAACGGGAUCAUUGACAUCUGGUGCGUCUGGAAGUUCAGAUAUUGUUGGAGGUAACUCAAAUAGUAAUAGUGGAUCUGUUUCUAGCAGUGGGGAUUCGGGUAGUUCAUCAAGCACCAAAGAAAGGCCAAGCCGUCCACCUCGAAGAGAGUAUGACUACAAUUAA